ACACCUACCUGCCUACCUACUACUGUAUUGCAGAUCCAUAAUUACUAUCUGUGAUUGUGCAGAUCAAUUCUCCUCUGCCCCACACCUGCCAGACGAUCGCCCGGAAUAUCAACAUCGUAGCACUGCGCAUCGCAACGCAUCCAUAUAUCCAUCAUCUACCAUCCAUCAUUGCGCCGCAGCCCCUCCAAGGCUUCAUCAAGGCUUGUACCUGGGAAGUAUUGGACAUAUAUCUACUCCCCAUGUAAAUACGAACCCCCCACGAUGUCCCCAACACAGCUCUCAGCCUGCCAACCGUCACCCAAACGGAAACGCGAUGCGCCGCUGCUCGUUCCCUAUCUCAAUACCACCCUCCGCCGUGCCUCUACGCCACCAGUAGACUUACCAACCUCCCCCGAUGCCGAUAGCCCUAGGAACGCUGUCGCGGAGCAGUUACAGGGUAUGAGUAUUGAAGCAAUACCAAUGCCCCCGCUUACUCCCACCGAUGACGCCGUGCGCAAGAAACCCAAACUUCAUUUUACCAAUGACUUUUCGAUGCCAACACCAUCGGAUUCGCACCAUCUUCCAAAGAAAAAUAACAAUAAUCAAGUCAUCCACUCCGAUCACAAUGUGACGUUGUCGCGAGACACCACGCAGACAUGUAAUGUUCAGUCGGACUCGUUAGGCAAAUCGUACAACAACGGCUCCACACCUUGCAAGGUGCACAACUCGGGGUUAGCUGUUACUGCGGAACAAAGCAAUCUACGCGAGCCAUCGCCAUCACCUUCCCCUACAUCCCUCACAUGGCAAGACAGCGAAAUUACUGGCCAUUUAGCAGACCCCUCGACUGAUCUAGACGACGACGGCACUGGAUUGAACGGAGUAGGAUUCCGUCCCACGCCCGCACUGGCCUACCAGCGAGCUCAAAGGCGAAAACAACAAUUGCAAGAUUGGAAAAGCCGGGAAGCCCGAGAGGCAAGGGCCAAGAGAAACGAAAGGAGGCGAAAGGGCAUUGCUGGUUCGGCCAUUAAUUCAGAAGAGGGGAUGGUGGAGAGAGACAGUGCGGUACCGGGUACUGCUGUCCCUCGUGCAGUACGAUUUGCCAUAUGA